AUGGCUCCAAAAAAGGCAAAGAGCCAGAAAGCUAACAAGAGCUCGAAGGUCAAGGUAGCCGACAAGAAGAAAAAGGGACAAGCUACCGCGAAGAUGUCAAGAGCGCAGACGGCUGGCAAGAUCUCAAAAGUCAAGAAGACCAAAAAGAGCUCAAAGGGUCGACCAGCUCGCAAGAAGUCAAAGACCUCAACUCCCGACACAGAUUCAGAGGCCCAGGAGACAGAGGCCCAGGAGACCCAGAACGAGUCAAACAACCAGGUGGCUGAAAAGGAGACAAAGGAACAGACAGCCAGCAGGAAACGAAAGGCCAGUGAAGCGGGAGAUCUGAUCCUUCAAGAACCCGUCGAGAAGAAGGCCAAAAAGAGCCCAAGGAGCCGACCAGCUGGCAAGAAGUCGAAGGCCACAAACCUCAACACCGAUUCAGAAACUCAGGAGGUAGAGGCUCAGGAGACCCAGAACGAGCCAAACAACCGGGCGACUGAGCAGAAGACAAAGGACCAGACAGCCAGCAGGAAACGAACGACCAGUGAAGCGGGAGACCUGAUCAUUCAAGAACCCGUCGAAAGUAAGCCCAAGAUCUAUCACAGUUUGAAGUUUGAAAAGCCCAAAAUCAAGCCUUCCCAGCGGGCUACCGAAAUCAUCGCUGCGAUCUACUGGGAUAUCAACAACGUAUGCGUAAUGCAGGACUUCAUGGUGAAGAAUCAGAAACAACAGCACCCCGAAUUUAUGACGCAGUACCACGAGGCACAAAAGGUGGUGCGCAUGGCAGUUGACUUCAAGCUAAAUGCUCUGAGUCCAGAGGAGAAGAAAGUACGCGAGGUGAGGAAUAUCGCAAAGUUUUGCCACAAUUUCGGAUGGAGGACUCUGGCGAUCUGUGCGUGGGCGGAAGGAUUCCGCAGAGCAUGCUUAGAAGAGACGAACCCCCGAGUUUGGAAGAAAUUGCUCAACCUCAUUCGAGAAAACUCAGAGAGCCUGGUCUUUUUCGCUCGAUUGCGGAACCUGGAUUGGAGCGGUCUGCUGCUCCGAUACUCCAACCACCACCCCAUCCCGAAAAUCAGGAAAAACCUGGAGUGGUUUUACAAGCGGAUUGGAAAGGAUCAUCCGCACCAUAUUAUGCGAACCAUUAGCGGCGGACUGCGCACGAAGCGCCAUAAUCAACGAAAACAGGAGCACAUGGACGAGUGUACAUUCGACCCAGCUGAUUGGGUUAUAGACGGCCAACAGGUAGAGGACCCCACAAUCCGUCAGGCGAGACACGGAGACUGCGCCUUGUGCGGGUCAAGCGAGCUCUGUGAAUGCAAGCCGGGUCUUCAGGUAGCAGGUCUGGUGGAACUGGUCGAGUAUCCCGUAAAAUAUGCCGGGAUUCGGGCGUUGACGAACUUCAAGAAAGGGGAGAUUCUGGCGGAAUACGUGGGGGAGAUCAAACCCGAGGAUUACGACGAUGGCACUUACGGUCUUUCUCUUCAGACCGAUGCUGAUGGUGACGUCGUGCUCGCAAGUAUAUCGUCCCAGUUCAAGGGGAACUGGACUCGAUUCAUCAAUCACUCCUGUGAUCCCAAUACCGAGUUCGAAUUUCGGUCCAUUGGGAAUCGGGUGCGAAUGACAGUAGAGGCGCGCCGGGACAUCUCCAUCUUUGAGGAACUCACCAUUGGCUAUGGGGAUUGGUACUGGGAAACAAAAGAGUGCAAAUGCGGAGAGCCGAACUGCAUGUCCAAAAGGGGCAGCUAG